AUGCCAAGUCAUCCAUUGUAUUUACUCAGUACUAUACUUAAAGCACGUUUAUACACCAUAUUCGCUGAAUUUCUUCGAAAGCAAUACUUUCUAUGCAAUGCUUUACGUAUUAUAGGAAGAGAAAAAGCUACCACAGCAACUACAACUACGGGUACCACAUCAACUUCAGCAACGGACACCACGACUACCACAGCAACAACAACCACUACUACUACGGAAACAACAGCUACCACUACCACGGAAACGACAACUACCACUACCACGGAAACGACAGCUACCACUACCACGGCGACAACAACUACUACGACCACGCAAACGACAACAACCACUACGACAGAAACGACAACAACCACUACGACAGAAACGACAACAACCACCACGACAGAAACGACAACUACUACUACCACAGAAACGACAACUACCACAACCACGGAAACAACAACAACAGCGACAACUACGACUACCACGACCGCUACAACUACAACUAGCACAACAGCGACGACUACGACUACCACGACCGCUACAACUACAACUAGCACAACAGCGACGACUACGACUACCACGACCGCUACAACUACAACUAGCACGACAGCGACAACUACGACUACCACGACCGCCACAACUACAACUAGCACGACAAGUAAAACUACGACUACCACAACGAGAACUACGACCACUAGCGUCACAACAACUACAACAUCAGCCCCAUGUCUUACUGGAUAUGUUCGAGCACCAUCUGGCUCAUGUGUCAAUCUUCUGAUCGAUUUCAAUAACUGUGGUUCAAUUGGUCAUGUAUGUGCUUCAACAUAUACAAGCUGUUCAAAUGGUGCUUGUAGUGGUGCACCUGCUGUGCAACUUACAGGUGCUGUCACUAUAUCCGGUUGGGGUGGUACAGUUAACGUUGAUGAUGCAUAUGUAACUCUCAGUCUACCUUUCAGCAUAUCGCUAUACGGUUAUGUUACAUCGAGUGCAUCUGUUCAGAGUAAUGGAGUAAGUGCUCUUGUGAUUGAUCUUUUCAAAGCAUUUCCAUUUAUGGUCAUGCAAUAA